UUCCUAUUGGGUGGCGGUCGCGUCGCGGCGUAGGGGCUCUGGUCUGGCUGGAGAGGCGGCGAGCUCGCAGGCCAGCAGGGCGUCCCGGGCCAUGGGGCAGCGCUGGGGACCGGCCUUGGCGGCGGGAGAGCGGGCGGGCUGCGUGGUGAGCGCCCGCGGCGCGGAGCGGCCCGGGGCGCAGGCCGAGGGGCCGUGGAGCUGUAGCGGGGUGCUGUUAAGCCGGCGCGCGGGGCUCGUGCUGUGCCACGGGGGCAUCGUGGCGCCCUUCCUGCGCGCCGGUGCCGGGGCGCUGCAGCCGGGGGCCGGGCCGACCUUCCUGGGCGCUGACAGCUGCCGUGACGACCUGCGGCUGCACGUGCAGUGGGGGCCGGGCCGCGGGCCAGAGGCGCGGGCCGGGGCUCGGGGCGCGCUGUGCACGCCGCCCUGCAGCGCCCAGCCAGCGGCCCACGCCCCGGCCCGCGCCCGCCUGCUGCUGCUCGUCUGCUGCCCGGCCUUCCGUGCCAGCUUCGCGCGCCUCUUCGGCGGCGAGACGGCCGAGCAGUGGCGCUUCGCGGGCGGCGGCCCCGAGCCUCCCGCGCCCCCGCCGGAGCCCGAGGACGAGGCGGGCGCCUGGGCCGACGAGGGGCCGCUGCUGGCGGCGCUCGGCUGGUUCGCGCUGCUGAGCGCGGAGGGCUGCGCGGAGGCGGCGGCCGGCCCGCGGCUCUCGGUGGGCCCCGCCGCCUCCCUGUCCAAGGGCGCCCCGCUGCUCGCCUGCGGCUCCCCGUUCGGCGCCUUCUGCCCGGACAUCUUCCUCAACAGCCUGAGCCGCGGCGUGCUCAGCAACGCGGCGGGCCCGCUGCUGCUCACCGACGCGCGCUGCCUGCCCGGCACCGAGGGCGCCGGCGUCUUCUCGUCCGACGGUGCCCUCGUGGCGCUCGUGGCGGCGCCGCUCUGCUGGCGGGCCCGCGAGUGGGUGGGCCUGAGCCUGCUCUGCGCCGCCGACGCGCUCCUCCGCGCCGCUGCCCAUGCGCUGGGCCGCCUGGGCCGCCGCGCCGAGGCCCGCCUGCUGGCCGCGCUCCUGCCUCCCGACGAUGGGGACGCCGCCGCUGCCGCCGCCGCCCCCUGGAACCCUUCCCUCCUCCCGGAGCACGAGGCCGCGUGGGUCUCCGCCGUCCUGGUCGAGUGCGGGUCCGUGUGGGGCUCCGGAGUAGUGCUGGCCCCACGUCUGGUGCUCACCUGCCGCCACGUGGCCCCGCAGGAGGCCAAGAGGGUCCUGGUGCGGCCUGCCGCCCCCAAGAGUUCUCCAGUCUGGGGUAAAGUAGUGUUUGCUACCCAGGAUACAUCUCCCUAUGAUGUGGCGGUAGUGAAACUGGAGGAAGACCUCAGAGGUGUCCCAUUUCCUGACCUGGCCAGCCACUUCCAUGAAGGUGAGGAUGUGCGAGUGGUUGGCUUUGGUGCCUUUGGCCAGGCCUGCGGUCCCUCUGUGACCUCGGGGAUCCUGUCUGCUGUGGUGAAGGUGAAUGACUCACCUGUGAUGCUGCAGACAACAUGUGCCGUGCAUGGCGGGUCCAGCGGGGGGCCUCUCUUCACUGACUCUGGGGAACUGCUUGGCAUUGUCACCAGCAACACCAGAGACAACAGCACAGGGGCCACGUAUCCUCAUCUGAACUUCAGCAUCCCCAUGGCUGUGCUAGAACCAGCCCUGGAUCAAUACAGGCGGACGGGGGCCCUGCAGCUCCUCCGGGAGCUGGACCGGCCUAGCGAGCAGGUCAGGGUGGUGUGGCGGCUGCAGAGAGUGCAGGCUGAGCCCCCUCGGAGCAAGCUCUGAUCCCUGCUGGGACAUUAAUGACAGUGGCCCAGUGACCCCAGGGCCAAAGCCUGCCGGAAUGGCUACGGACCUGGCUCCCAGGCACAUCCCACCCGCGUCUCUGCUCCUGCCUUCAGGUGCCUGGUGCUCCCCAGUCUGUUUGCCCCUGGAGGCAUCUGGUUUGACCUCUUGACAACAUUCCUGACCAGUGGUCAUCCAGCCUAAGCCUGGGGAAUGCUGGUGAAUUCCCAGAGGGUCAUGGAGAUAGCCUUUAUGGUGAUGGUGGUGUUGGGGGCGGGGCGGGGGGGGCAGCUCAGGCAGGAGGAAAAUAAGAAUAAAAACAACCCCCUGUUCACAAAGUGCUUUCUUCACAACCACGUGGGGAGGCAGGUCAUGCAAGUGUCAUGCCCAUUUUACAAAUGAGGGAACCAAGGCCCAGGCAACAGAAGUACAGUCAUCUGUGAGGGGCAGUGUGCCAGUCCUUCCAUUCUAUAGUUGUCAAAACUGGCCAGAGAGAUGGCGAGUUACUUGCUUGGGCUCAUGAGGAUACAAGUCUAGCCAGCACAGCUGAGACUCACAGCCAGCCUUUGACCCAGACGUCAGUGUUCCCAGCCUCUCAUGGACUGCAUGACCUUAGAGCCAGGUGGACAUGGCCCAUCUGUGCUUCCAGCCCCAGCCAGGCAGGUGGGAGACACAGCUGAGCAGUCCCAGAAUUGGAAGGGCCUUCCUGCCAGGCUGAGUAGUCCGGCCUGCACUGGGUGAAUGACUCGCCCUUCUUCUAUAACCUCUGCCCUCGAGGCCCAGCACAACGGGCUUGGGAUGGCCUUUCCCUUGCUGGGAGGGCCAGAGUACCCUCCCUGAGUCUUCUUUUGCCCAGUUUCUUCUAGCUUGUUCCUUUUCCCAGGGCACGAUUUUUAAAAACUCCUUCCCUUAGAACAGUCCCUAUUGUCUUUCCAUCCAAUCCCAUGUCUCUGAUUGAUGGAUCGAGGUUGUUUGUGUACUCACCGUGUGCUUUGGACACUGCUCAGCCUUGGGGAGCAAAGCCUCCUGUCCUCUGGGGAGCCUUGUUGGGGUGAAGAGUGAUUGUGGUACAUGGGAUGCAGUGCUUUGGGUUGGGCAGCCUCUGCCCUGUGUGGCUCAUGCAGGUGUGGCCAGUGGACACGGCCCCACAGGAGAGUGGCCAGAGUAGGUUUAGGGCAUCAUGUGGCAGUUUGAAUGAUCCUAAGCCACGCUCAGACUCAGUCCAUCUUUUAAAAGAAUAUGUGGGGGGGCAGCUAGGUGGCGCAGUGGAUAGAGCACCGGCCCUGGAGUCAGGAGUACCUGAAUUCAAAUCCGGCCUCAGACACUUAACACUUAGUAGCUGUGUGAC